CUGGGCAGCGUGUUGAAUUCUUCUCGGGAAGCAGUGCCGGGUCCCUUCCACCAUGGCACCUAAGAAAGCUAAGAAGAGAGCUGAGGGCGCCAACUCCAAUGUGUUCUCCAUGUUUGAACAGACCCAAAUCCAGGAAUUUAAGGAGGCCUUCACCAUCAUGGACCAGAACAGGGACGGCUUCAUCGACAAGAACGACCUGAGAGACACCUUUGCUGCUCUCGGACGUGUGAACGUGAAAAAUGAAGAAAUUGAUGAUAUGCUCAAGGAAGCUCCAGGUCCAAUUAACUUCACUGUGUUCCUGACCAUGUUUGGGGAGAAACUUAAGGGGGCGGACCCCGAGGAGACCAUUCUCAACGCGUUCAAAGUGUUUGACCCCGAAGGCAAAGGGGUGCUUAAGGCUGAUUACGUUCGGGAGAUGCUGACCACGCAGGCGGACAGGUUUUCCAAGGAUGAGGUUGACCAGAUGUUCAACGCCUUCCCCCCCGACGUGACUGGCAACCUGAACUACAAGAACCUGGUGCACAUCAUCACCCACGGAGAAGAGAAGGACUAAAAGGGGCUCAUCUCUGCAGGGUGGGCUCUGCCUUCCCCUCUCUUCC